AUUAGGAAAAAAAAAAAAAAGGAAAGCUAAAUUAAAAAAACUGGCAUAUGGAACUCAAAUUCCAGCUGACUUGUAUGAGAAUAACAAUAUGUAACCUAACACCAAAUCCAGCCUGUUACGUCUCUUAAAUAUUUCUAAACAGACUAUUCAUUUCUCUAGUUAUUGCUAUAUUUUUAAUACAACCCAUCAUUAUCUUAUUCCUGCAAACCUGUCCCACUCCAAUUUAUUUUCCACGUAACAACCAGAGUGAUAUUUCUAAACUACAAAUCUUGUUAAGCUACUCCUCUGAAUUUUAUUCUAAAAUAUUGGAAGCUGUGAAAUCCAGUUUUCUUAUUGUGAGCUGAAUUACUUUGUGUUUGGCUAUCUCUUGGUUCUAUGCUUGUGCUGCUGUCAAUCUCAGUUCCUCUAACAGUUUCUAAAGCUCUUUCCUGCCACAGGGCCUUUGCUUUUGCUGUUCUCUAUUAAAAUGACUGUCAGUUCAGUAUGUUGUUGUUGGAGUUGGCUCUGACUCAUAGUAAACUUAUGUCACAGUAGGUAGAACGAAACAUUGGCCAGUCCUACAUUAUCCUCGCAAUACUAAAACAAGUCAAAUCCAUUGCCAUCAAGUUGAUUCUGACUCAUAGUGACCCUAUAGGACAGAGUAGAACUUCCCCAUAGAACUUCUUAGGCUGUAAAUCUUUACUGAAGCGGACUUCCACAUCUUUCUCCUGUGGAGCGGCUGGUGGGUUCAAACCACUGACCUUUAGGUUAGCAGCUGAACUUUUAACAGCUGCACCACCAGGGCUCCUUCUCACAACAGUAGGCAUGUUUAAACCCAUUAUUGCAGCCACUGUGUCAAUCCAUCUUGUUGAGAUUCUUCCCCUUUCUCAUUCACCCUCUACUUUACUGAGCAUGAUGUCCUUCUGCAGGGAUUGGUCCAUCCUGAUAACAUGUCCAAAGUACAUGAGACAAAGGUUCUCCAUCGUUGCUUCUAAGGAACUUUCUGGCUGUACUUCCUCCAAGACAAAUUUGCUUGUUCUUUUGGCAGACCACGGUGUAGUCAAUAUUCUUCACCAACACCAUAAUUCAAAUGUGUCAACCCUUCUUCAACCUUCCGUUUUCAUUGUCUCCACUAAAUGGCAACAAGUUUGGUUUUUUGGUUUGGAAGUGAUUAAAAACACCAUGGCUUGGGUCAGGCACAUGUUAGUUCUCAAAGUGACAUCUUUGCUUUUCAAGAUUUUCAAGAGAUCUUUUGCACCAGCUUUGCCUAAUGAAAUACAUUGUUUGAUUUCUUGACUGCUGCUCCCGUGGGCAUUGAUUGUUGAUGCAAGUAAAAUGAAAUCCUUGACAACUUCAAUAUUUUCUCUGUUUAUCAUGAUACUGCCUGUUCAGUUGUGAGGAUUUUUAUUUUCUUUAUGUUGAGGUGUAGUUCAUAUUGAAGGCUGAGUCUUUGAUCUUCAUCAGUAAGUGCUUCAAGUCCACUUUCAGCAAGCAAGGUUGUGUCAUCUGAGUGGGGUUCAGUUCCCUGAUGGAAGCCAGAUCAGUAUACAAGGUAUUAGAUGACAGACCAAUUUUCCCAGUUGGCAAGACUUCCAAACAAAAAUGGUCUAGAGAGAACAGACUCUAUCUCAGAUUAUCAGUCUAAAAUUUGGUUAAACUUAAAAGUAACUGCACAUAUUUCUUACUAUGGCAGAUGUUUUGGGAAGGAUUAGUGCACUGCUGAGUUUCAUUAAAAAAAGAGAAUUUUAUAGCAUUAAGAAAUUGAGAUUUGGGUUUCAAAUAUGUGACACACUUCAUAUGGCUUCAGUGUUUCUAAUGUAUAGGAUCAUUACACUCUCUUCUGAGUUUAUCAAACAUAAAGUGGGGCAAUCAAAUGUACCCUAAAAAAAAAAAAAAAGCAAUCUCUUAAUGACUGAGAAUAUUUGAUGAUUUUGAAAGCAUUAAUAUAACUUUAGUUAAAUGCUAGUUCCCUGGGUGGUGCAAGCAGUUUGUGAUUGUCUAAUCUAAAUGUUGGUUGUUCUUCAAUUUCAUCCCACAGGGCCAGGGAAGAAAUGCUUGGCAAUCUACUUCUGUAAAUUUUAUGGCCAAGAAAACCCUAUGGAGCAGUUCUAUUUUGUAUCAUGUGGGGCCUCCAUGAGUUAGAAUCAACUAAAUGGUAACAGGUUGUUAUAUGCUACUUGGAGUAAUUAUUGCUUCUUUAUCUUUUUUUUAUAGCUAUUACUAUGAAAAAAGCAAAGUGAAGAAAUGGAACCUGCAAAUUACACCAGGGUGACAGAGUUUGUUCUCACUGGCCUAUCCCAGACUCGGGAGGUGCAACUGGUCCUAUUUGUUAUAUUUCUGUCCUUCUAUUUGUUCAUCCUUCCGGGGAAUGUCCUUAUCAUUUGCACCAUCAGACUUGACCCCCAUCUGACCUCACCCAUGUAUUUCCUAUUGGCUAAUCUGGCCUUCCUUGAUAUUUGGUACUCUUCCAUCACAGCCCCUAAAAUGCUAGUGGACUUCUUUGUAGAGAGGAAGAUAAUUUCCUUUGGAGGAUGCAUUGCACAGCUCUUCUUUUUGCACUUUGUUGGGGCCUCAGAGAUGUUCCUGCUCACGGUGGUGGCAUUUGACCGCUAUGCUGCUAUCUGCCGCCCCCUCCACUAUGCUACCAUCAUGAAUCGACAUCUCUGCUGUAUUCUGGUGGCUCUUUCCUGGAUGGGUGGCUUUGUCCAUUCUAUAAUACAGGUGGCUCUCAUUGUUCGACUUCCUUUCUGCGGGCCCAAUGAGUUAGACAGUUACUUCUGUGAUGUCACACAGGUUGUUCGAAUUGCCUGUGCCAACACUUUCCCAGAAGAACUAGUGAUGAUCUUCAGCAGUGGUCUGAUCUCUGUGGUGUGCUUCAUUGCUCUGCUAAUGUCCUAUGGCUUCCUUCUGUCCAUGCUCAAGAAACACUCAGGCUCAGGUGAGAGUACCAACAGGGCCAUGUCUACCUGCUAUUCCCACAUCACCAUUGUAGUGUUAAUGUUUGGGCCAUCCAUCUACAUUUAUGCUCGCCCAUUUGAUUCUUUUUCCUUAGAUAAAGUGGUGUCUGUGUUCCACAUGGUGAUAUUCCCUUUACUUAAUCCCAUCAUCUACACCUUGCGAAACAAGGAAGUAAAGACAGCCAUGAGGAAGCUGGUCAACAGAUACAUUUUAUGUAAAGAGAAGUGAAAGAUAAAUAGUAUAGUUUAUAACCCUCUUGAUUAUCAUCGUCCCAAAGUAGGAAACAUUUGCAGUAGUAAUAAUGCUGCUUUCACUACCUCCUUUCAUCAGAGGUCUUAAAAUAUCACUAUAUUAUUCCUAUAUUUGCUGAAAAAACAAAGACAUUAAAAUGCAAUUAAGUUUACUUGCACCCACUUUGAAAUUUCUGGCAGAUCAUUAUUAAACUUUCAGAUGUAACAAUAUGCCCUAAAACACACAUUUUCAGUAAUUGUUUAAGUAACUACCCUGGGAGAGGCUCUGUGAGAAGAGUGUGUGUUGAGAUAUAAUAAAAUAAAUAAGACAUAGGAGACAUGCCAACUAUAAAUAUGAAGUAAAUGAGCCAGCAUAUGAAUGUGACUAGCUUCAAGUGAUUAAAUUAAGUAUUGAUGUCAUGUCUCAAUCUUGUCCUAGUGGGAUGGUGUUUGGAGAACCUGGAAGAAUAGUUUAUCUAUUUUUUCUUUUAUCUCUUUCUCUUUUUAGAAUUAAUCAUGGAAAGUGAGGGCUCAUUUAUAUGAACAAUUUCAACCCUUAUUUUAGGU